UAAAGAAAUAGUGCUAUAUAUAAUACUAUAGUAAAGAAAUUAAAACAUAUUUUUGUAUUGAGAAAAAUGGCAACGACAGUUAAAGAAAUGAACCAGUAAACAAAGUGGCGAGACACGUUAAAAUUAAAUGUAUUAUUUACAGAAAAACUUGAAGGCAGCACAACUCAACGUUGGUCGGUAACGUCUGUCGUUCCCUCCAAUAGAAACACGGCCAGCCUUUUCUCUAACCAAUCAGCAGCGAGAAAGCCGGCGGUGCCGCCUGAUUGGUUUAAACUACGGAAGACAAAGCGGAAACACAUGUGUUCCAGGUUUCUGGUCGUGGAUGUGAAAUAAAGAUGAUUUCAUGAAGAUUAGAAACACGUUUCUUCAGUGUUUGAGUUGUUGUCUGUGAUCAUGAGCUGAGGUUUUGGAUCAGACAUGCAGACAGCGGCUCUGGUGGCUCCUGUCACGGCUCUGGAGUUCCUGCAGGAGGAGUUUCUCCUGACAGGUGAGGGUCCAGUCUUGACCGUGUACAGGCUUCAGCCUCACCCUGAGGCCGGCGCCUCACUGAGCGUGCUCCAACACCACAGAGUCCAUGGAAUAAGACCCAGAGGUCAGAGCUGCGCCACAGGGGCCGACAGGAAGAACAAACAUGCUCAGUCCCCAGGACGGAGCUCCACCACAGAGCCCAGCUCCUAUGACCUGGCAGUGUUUGGAGGAAAGGCAGUGAGGCUGGUGAGGCUCCAUGUGGGUCUCCAGGAUGAGGACCACCUGCACUUGGAGGUCCAGGGUCCCCUCGUGGAGUUAGGGGACUGGGCCCUGGAUGUCCGCUGGCUCUCUGGAGACAAACAGCCACUUCUGUGUGUGGCAGUGGCCCACAACAGUGCUCUUCUCCUGGACGUCAGUACAGGAGCUGCCCUGGUUCAGCGCUCCUGUCGGGAGGGGUGUCUGCUCUACUCUGCCCUCCUUCUAGUCCAUGAAUCUUGGGCGGAUGCUGUUGUAGUAGGAGGGACUGUUUUCAACCAGCUGGUUCUCUGGAAGCCUGGAGGAGGAGCAGGAGGAGGAGCAGGAGGAGGAGGAGGAGGAGGAGCAGGAGGAGGAGCAGGAGCAGGAGCAAGAGGAGGAGCAGGAGGAGGAGCAGGAGGAGGAGCAGGAGGAGGAGCAGGAGGAGGAGCAGGAGCAGGAGCAAGAGGAGGAGCAGGAGGAGGAGCAGGAGGGGGGAGUGACUCUGACUGUCCAGCUCCAGUGGAGCGGCGUCUGCUGGGACACAGUGGGGUCAUCUUCAGCAUCUCUUACCUCCAGGAGAAAGGAUGGCUGGCUUCAGCCUCUGAUGACCGCAGUGUGAGGGUGUGGGGGGUCGGUGCUUUAGGGGGUCCUGGGGGGGGGUGUGGGGACCAGAACCCGGCUUGUUUAAGGGUCCUGUAUGGACACCAGGCCAGGGUGUUCUCCGUGCGUCUCUCCCCGGGGAAAGUGUUCAGUGCCGGGGAAGAUGGGGCUUGUUUAGUCUGGGACUGGGCCGGAGGAGGGAAGGUGGUUCGGACGUUGAAGGGACACCGAGCAGGGGGGGUGCGGGCACUGGCAGUCGGCGAGGCAACAGGAGAUGAGGAGAGAUGGGUGGCCACAGGGGGGGCAGAUGGGGGGGUGAGGUUGUGGAGAGUGAAGGAGAGUGAGGGAAGGAAGGAGGAGACCGAGGAAGCAGUGACAGAGAAGAUAACUGACCUGAACUUCCCUGGGCUCAGUGCUCCUAAAGUGAUCUGUGGAGCAGCAGCAGAGGAUGGAGACAGCAGCUGGAGCCAGAGGAGGUUCGUGGUCUGUACUGACCAGGGGGAAGUCUAUCAGUACAGCGCAGGGCAGUGGGAGAUGGUGUGGCGAGGGACGUCUGAGUUUCAGUCCUACUGUGUGAUGGAAACAGUUUCCAUCAGAGCCACAGACUCAGCAGUCAGAGUUAGUUUGUGUGCUGUGGGAAACCUCAGCGGCUCCGUUCAGGUGUUUCCCGUCUCUCGGCCUCAGAGUGGGAUUCUCCUCUCAGCUGGAUCAGGGAAGAUCCACAGUCUGAUCUGGCAGGAGGGAGGAGGAGGUGUGUGUUUGUUGGCGUCAGGUGCUGAAGGACUCGUGUAUCGCUGGUGUGUGGAGGUCACAUCACAUGACUCCUUAACUCUCAGUGUAAAUCCUCUUCCUCCUUUCCUCCUUCCCCCUUCUGCCAAACGCUGGCUGCUGGCGGCGCUGUGCCUCCACUCCCGGCCGCAGGAGGCGCUGUGGGUCUGUGGGGACAGGAGGGGGUCUCUGCUUUUGUUUAAGGAAGUGGGAAAGAAGAAGAAGGGAGACGACGGUUUGUUGACGGGCAGGGAACGAAGUGAAGAGGAGGAAAAUGGAAGCGAUGGAGAUGGAAGAAGAAAGAUGGCGGAGCAGCGAGAGAGUGAAGACGUGCUGCGGCCACUGAGCUUCCUGUUCGGGGUUCAUGGGAAACAGGGAGUGACGUCGCUGAGUGAACACAGAGGACUGCUGUACAGCAGCGGCAGGGACGGCUGUGUCAGAGUCUUCAGAGUGGAACCUGAACAACCUGAAGAGAAGAGAGAGCGGCUGCAGGUUCUGAGAGUCCAGCGGGCCUGCAGAGGGAUGGAGUGGCUGGAGCGAGUUCUGAUUCUUGAAGAGGAGGAAGAGGAGGGCAGAGAGGAAGGUGACAACCAGGCCAGAGAAGCCAGGUUCGUCAUCGCUGGUUUCCACUCUGUCCACUUCGUGGUCUGGGACCCGGUGAGGCAGGAGAGGCUGCUGGCGGUGCCUUGUGGGGGGGGGCAUCGCUCCUGGAUCCUCUGGCCGUCCAGCAGAGGGGUGUGGCCUGGACACGGAGCUCUGGUCUUCAUCAAGCACAGGGCCGUCCUGGCUUCACAGCCCCCAGGAGAGGAACCGAGCCGGGCGGGGAGGGCGGGAAGGACCGGAGGGUGGGGCCUGAGAGAGGGCAUCCAUGGGAGGGGGGUAGGGUGUGUGUGCAGGCUGGGGAGGAUAGAGGGAGCUGGGAGUGAGAGAAGGGAGGAGUGGGGAGGAGGAGGGCAGUGGGAGGUGGUGGUUACUGGGGGGGAGGACACCAGUUUAACCAUCGUGGCCGUUCAUCCCGCCUCCGGCUGCGUCAGAGUCCUCUCAGUUAUCACCGACCACAUCUCCAGCGUCCGGACCGUCGCCUCGGUAACAGAGGGACACAGCGUUAACCAAUCGCAGUCUCUCUCCGCCCUGCUCGUGUCAGCCGGCGGCCGGGCUCAGCUGCAGUGUUACCGGCUGCUGAUUGGCUGGGACCAGCAGAGACUGGCCCCCUCCUGUCAGGUGAUCCAGGUGGCCGCUCACCGAUUGGACGAACAGUGGGAGAGGAAGCGGAACCGACACAAGACGGUGAAGAUGGAUCCAGAGACGAGGUACAUGUCUGUGGUGGUGUCGGGUCAAAGGUCAGACUCUGUUCUUCUGGCUCUGGGCUGCAGUGACGGAGCUGUCAGGUUGUUCUCGGUCAGUGAAGUCAGACGACACAUUGAUUUGUUGUGGGAGACGUUUCACCAUCAGCGCUGUGUGCUCAGCGUCGCCACCUGCAGCCUGGAGGACGGAACAGGAAACAGGUACCAGCUGCUGUUCAGCGCUGCCACAGAUGGGAAAAUUGCAGUGUGGGAUUUGAGUGACACCUCCUCCUCGACCGAUACUUCUCCACCAAUCCCCUGCCUCGACAUUCCCGCCCACCAGAGCGGCAUCAACUCAUUGGCUGUUUGGGCAGAGAAACUGGGACAACAAGGCGGCGGUUGCCUGGUAACUGUUGCUAGCGGAGGGGAUGAUGGGCAGCUGACAGUGUCCACAGUUAAGGUGCAUUACCCAGAGGAGGGGGGGGGCGGGGGCAGCAGAGGAUUCUCUGAGAAGCUCAUUUCUUCACAAAACCAGAUCCAACCUCCAGACCGGCUUCAGCUCCGCCUCCACGGCCACGCCCACAUCCCACUGGCCCACGCCGCCCCUCUGACCGCCCUGAGGCUGCUGACCCCCGGCCUCCUGGUCUCUACUUCUUCAGAUCAGAGGGUCUGUCUGUGGAGGGUCUGCAGUACCGCUGUCCGCCACAGAGAGACGCUGUGCUCCCACGUAGCAGACGCCGCAGGACUCGCAGUGUGGGAGGGGCAGAUGACGGACAGGGAGGAGGGAGACGAGAAGAGUAACACAGGAUCUGAGCAUGAGAAGGAGAUUGUGAUUCGGAGUCAGACCGGAUCAGAACCAGAGGGUCAGAGUCCAGAGCAGGAGACAGGAAGUCAAACAGAGACUGAGACGGGUUGUAAAGAGAGGACGGGAUGGGUGCUGGUCUGUGGUCAGGGUCUCCAGCUGCUGCGAGUCAGAGACACAGAGAGCGAAGAAGAGAAUCACAGAAUCAGAAAAUCUGACAUCAUUAAUCAUCUGUAAAAUCACAAGAUGCAGCUGCAUGAAGGAGGAAGAGCUUUUAAAUAAAUGAACUGAGUCAAGUUGUUUGUUCUCCAGCUUUAUUGUUAAGACAGGCAGGAACAUUAUAAAGAGACAGUAAACUCUUUAUAUUUGUCUCUGAAAAUAUAAAAAUAAUAACAAUAAUAAUAAUAAUAAUUGUAAUAUCCGCAGCUGGAAUUAUUCCAAAGUAAAUAAAAGUGGAAGCUGUGGAAGUGACUCAGGCUUCACACACAGGAAACAUUUGGAGCUCAUCAAGGAAAAAUAAAAUCCAUGGCUGUUUGAAGAGAACAUUAAAAGCAUCUCUGGUGUGUUGGAGCCAUCUGUGGCCUCCUUCAGGGAGAAGCUCCACGCUGCACAAAGAUGGCUCAAAUUACUGCAGUUAUUUUUAAUUAUGUCACAUCUCAGCCAGGAAAUAAAACCCUCUGACGUGAAGAGGGACUCUGAAGACGGCCGUCACCAGAUCUCUCCAGGAACCAAAGUCCAGCCAGAACUUGGGAGAUUCGAGGUUUAAAUGCAGUUUAUGGUUAAAAAUCUCCUUCAGCAACUGAUUCAACUGUUUUAUGGAAGAGCCGGUCCGAUCCCUGCGUCAGGGUGGAGAUAAGACGACACAUGAUGUUAUCAACACAUUAUAAACAUGAUGUUAUCAACACAUUAUAAACAUGAUGUUAUCAACACAUUAUAAACAUGAUGUUAUCAACACAUUAUAAACAUGAUGUUAUCAACACAUUAUAUACAUGAUGUGGUGGUUGGAGGAGACGAAUCUUUUUAUUUUUAUUUUUGGAUGUUUGAGAUGCUUCAUCUACUGAAAUAAGAAAAUAAAAUCAUCUGCUGGG